GAACACAUUUCCUGUGGCAGUAGCUUAGUGACCCUCGUCUGGGUAGGUUGUUGUUCCUCGCUCAGUGUGCCACCUCACACACUCGUUGUGUACAUUGACUUUGUUCUCAUGUACGCGUUAUCAGAAACUGAGUAUUUACUGGAAAAUGAGCUUGUUGUGAGUGAAUGAGUUACGAUGUGCACUUGAUUUGUUCCUUCUGGAUUUACAAACACAAUAAAUAAGAGACUGAGCCGUGAGAAAACUUCUGCCACAGUUGUCACCAACACUGCCACCACAAGUGUCACACCUGCCGUCACUGCCAUUAAACUGUCUUUAGUAGUGGCUUUGCGUUGGUGUGUUUAUCAGGAAGAUUGUGUAUUGGUCUGAACCGCUCAUUACUUACACUGCUACCAUUAUCGCUAAAAGCACCAGCACCAUUACUACCACCACCACUACCAUCACUCCAACAUGAAGUGUCAACAGGACCCUCAACUGGAGCUCUCCCUGGCCAGACGGGUCACCAUCUUCGUCAUUGGUGUGGUUGAGUCAAUGCUCUUCGCCGGCACGGUCUUCGGCUGGCCGCAGCUGGUACACGUUCUGAAGGUGGAAGGUUUAUACAGUGACCUCUGUCACGGGUUCUCAACUCCCUCUUCCCUCCUUCCCCACGCCCACACCAGCCUCAACACGCCCACACCUCCCCACCAAGCCUUCAACAACACCCGCUGCCAUGGCCUCAACAACACCUUCGAAAUCUCCAGAAGUCACAUCGUUGGUGUCGAGCAGUGUGGACCACAGGACGAGAGGUUCGCUCUCAUCUUCACAGUGGCUGUGGGUUGCUACAGUGUGCCAGGGGUCCUAGUGGGAUACCUCCUGCACCACGCCGGCCUCAGAGUCACCAGGGUGUCUGCAGGAACGAUGCUCACCAUGGGCUUCCUUUUCCUGGGAAUGGCAACGAAAGAGUCUCCGAACUGGGUAUUCGCCUCCAUGAUUUUCCUAGCACUGGGAGGUAACCAGCUGAGACUCAGUGUUAUGCAGUUCGGAGAUCUCUUUCCCCUCCACCGAUCCACCGCCAUCAGUCUCCUCUCAGGCAUAUAUGCAGCCUCCGCCGCCCUCUUUAUCAUCUUCCAGUACACUGCGUCUGCAGGUCUGCAGAGGUCACACGUAUGUUGGUUCCUGGCUGCCCUCAGCACACUCAGCAUCUUCCUCACCUUCCUCAUGCCCGUCCACCACAUACCUGUCCAAGAUAACUUAUAUAUACCCAUAAACUUGUACUCAGCACAUUAUUAUUAUUGUCCUCCUCAACGUCAUUACGUGUACCCCUCACUCUGUCCGUCAAGACCUUCGCCCUCUUCAGCUUCCAGCGAGUUGAGACGGCGGGUGAUGGAGGUUCAGGCGCCGUUCCUGCCUUUGCUGGUCACCUCUCUGGCUACCACUGCUAUGUACAUGUGCAUCUUCAUCUUCCACCCGGCGGCUAUCUACAUCUCCCUGGUGGCCAUGGUGUUGGCCAGGCCUUGCACCAUAGCUAUCUCCACAGCCUAUAUCAGGAUCAGGUUCCCUGCUGAUCACUUUAACAGGCUGCUGGGGAUCUACGGAACGAUAUCCUCUGUACUGAUGUUUCUCCAGUACCCGCAGUUUGUGUGGGCACAAAACAUGUACUAUGCUGCGCACGCUAUGGUGUUGGCGCUGCAAGUACUAAGCUACAUGAAUCCCAUCCACUUGCUGUUUACCCCUCUCAUGCGCCACGCCGUCAUCCUCAGAGACCAGCUGGACGAGGACCAACUCCGUGAAGCCAACAUCUCCAAGGAACACACAAGAGAGAAGCCCCAACGCCGGCUCUAGUAGUGUAAAGAUCACUAUAUAGAACUAGUGUUGUGUGGGCAUGAAGGACUCCUGUGUCGUGAGAUUAUAAGAACAUAAGAAAGAAGGAACACUGCAACAGGCCUACUGACCCAUGCGGAGCAGGUCCAUGUCCCCCCCCCCGGAUUAGACCAAUGAUCCACCCCCCGGAUUAUCCCAAUGACCCAUCCAGUCUGGUCAUCCCCACUCAAGGAUGGAGCACUGCACCAGACCCAGCAGCACAAGCUAGUCAGGUCCAACUCACACCCACCCACACCCACUCAUGUAUUUAUCUAACCUAUUUUUAAAACUACACAACGUUUUAGCCUCAAUAACUGUACUCGGGAGCUUGUUCCACUCAUCCACAACUCUAUUACUAAACCAAUGCUUUCCUAUAUCCUUCCUGAAUCUGAAUUUUUCCAACUUGAAACCAUUGCUGCGAGUCCUGUCUUGGCUGGAAAUUUUCAGCACACUAUUUACAUCCCUUUAUUUAUUCCUGUUUUCCAUUUAUACACCUCGAUCAUAUCCCCCCUAAUUCUACGCCUUUCGAGAGAGUGCAGAUUCAGGGCCCUCAGUCUAUCCUCAUAGGGAAGAUUUCUGAUACAUGGGAUCAUCUUUGUCAUCCUCCUUUGUACGUUUUCCAGAGCAUUUAUAUCCAUUCUGUAAUACGGUGACCAGAACUGAGCAGCAUAGUCUAAAUGAGGCCUAACCAAGGAUAUGUAGAGUUGAAGAACAACCUGAGGACUUCUAUUAUUUUUACUUCUAGAUAUGAAGCCAAGAAUUCUGUUAGCUUUAUUGCGAACACUAAUGCGCUGUUGUCUUGGUUUUAGGUUACUGCUAACCAGAACUCCUAAAUCCUUUUCGCAAUCGGUAGUAUUAAGAUCUACAUUAUUUAGUUUAUAUGUGGCAUGGUUAUUUAACUGUCCAACAUUUAGAACUUUGCAUUUGUCAAUAUUAAACUGCAUCUGCCACUUCUCCGACCAUUGCGUCAGUCUAUUCAAAUCAUCCUGGAGUGCUCUAAUGUCCUCAUUAGAAUGAAUUGGACGGCCUAUUUUGGUGUCAUCAGCAAAUUUGCUUAUGUCGCUAUUUAUUCCCUCAUCUAUGUCGUUUAUGUAAAUUGUGAACAACAACGGGCCCAACACUGACCCCUGAGGAACACCGCUUGUGACGUGCCCCCAUUCGGAUUUCUCCCCAUUAAUGCAAACUCUCUGCUGUCUAUUUGUCAGCCAUGCCUCUACCCAGGAAAAAAUUUCUCCUCCUAUUCCGUGUGCCCUAAGUUUCCUCAAUAGCCUCUGGUGUGGAACUCUAUCGAAAGCCUUACUGAAGUCCAUAUACACAAUAUCAUAUUCAUUACCAUGAUCUACCUCCUCAAACACCUUAGUGAAAAAAAUUAGUAAAUUCGUAAGACAGGAACGCCCCUUUGUAAAACCGUGUUGAGAAUCAUUAAUCAAUCUGUGCCUGUCAAGAUGGCUACGAAUUGCUUCGGCAAUUAUUGAUUCCAUAAAUUUUCCCACUAUGGAGAUGAGGCUUAUUGGUCUAUAGUUCGAAGCCAAGGACCUGUCACCUGCCUUGUAAAUAGGUAUUACAUUUGUCAUUUUCUACUUUCAGGCACUGUGCCACUUUGUAGUGAUAUGUUAAAAAGAUUAGCCAAAGGUAUGCUUAGUUCCUCUUUACAUUCCUUUAACACCCUUGCAAACAGUUCAUCAGGACCUGGGGAUUUGUUAGGUUGUAGUUUCUCUAUUUGUCACUAGUUACCGCAAUCGUACAUAGUUUAUCAUCAUCCUGUUCUACGUAAUCUAUUAUUUCAGGAAUAUCGCUAGUAUUUUCCUGGGUGAAAACUGAGAGGAAGUAGGUAUUUAGAAUUUCACACAUAACCUUAUCAUUGUCAGUGAUCUGACCAGAGUUACUCUUAAGUGGGCCAAUCUUGUCCCUAAUCUUACUUCUGUAUACCUGAAAGAACCCUUUUGGGUUAGUCUUUGAGUCCCUUGCGACCUUAGCCUCAUAAUCCCUUUUUGCUUUUCUUAUUCCUUUCUUUAUUUCUCUCUUUAAUUGAAUAUAUUGAUUUCUUAACUGCCCAUCCCCUCUUUUGAUACGCCUAUAUAUGCCUCUCUUUUGACCAAUGAGAUGUUUUAAUCUAUUGUUCAUCCAUUUGGGAUCAUUUUUGUUAGAUCUAAUUUCCCUACUCGGAACAAAAGUUGUCUGGGCAGCUAGAACUAUGCUCUGAAAAACGUCAUAUUGGCAACCAAGAUCACCUACCUGACCCAUAGUCAGGACAUCCCAAUUUAGCCCACAUUAUCUAUAACAUCACAUAAAGAUGAGGUCCUAAACAAAAUAAUGAUGGUCUUCGUUACAGCCUCUUUCAAGUAGGACUUGAAACUUUCAGAUUGCUAACGUAUGGUAUUAUGAACAGUCCUGACACAUCAAAUGUAAAAGUAAUUGUGUAUGUCAGUAGUCAGUGAAACAUCAGAGGAAGUCUCGGAAAGUUGGGGGGAUACUGGAAACAAAAGAGUUCUUUAGGGAAACUGUCACCUGUGUAGAAUAUCCAGUACAACUAUAAAGGCACCUCAUGCCCAGGACUCUCUCGAAAGUCAACAGAAGAGGAGAUCCGGAGCAGUGCCUCUUGGAGAGUAGUGCCUUGGUGAUGAUGGAGAUCUUCUGGUCCAGGGAAUUGGAGCUACCUUCCCCUGCGGAUUUCGAGCAUUUCAGUGAAUAUGUUUAUAUUUAUAUACGUGCAAUAUUUACGUCAUAUAUAUAUUUUUUUAUUUAUCACACUGGCCGAUAU